AGGCUGCGCGAUAUGUAUAACCCAAUGGAGCUGCCAGAAACAGAGUUCAUUGCGAACUUUCGUUUGAGCAAGGCUGGCUACCAGCAGGUGUUAGAGGAACUCGGGCCUCACCUCCAAGCCGCUCGACGAAGGACAGCUGUUCGCAUUGAACUAAAGAUCCUAGCAGCUCUGCAUUUUUAUGCCACGGGUACAUAUCAGCGCCCAAUAGGGACAUCUAUCUUCAAUACAAUGUCCCAACCAUGUUUUAGCCGAUGUCUACGUGAGGUAACCGAUGCACUCAAUGCUCGGGAAGUACUCACUAAGUACAUAAAGUUCCCUGCAUCCCAAAGGGAAAGGGAAACAAUUAUGCAAAACUUUAUGGAAAAGUUUGGGUUCCCGGGCAUUAUAGGUUGCAUUGAUGGAACUCACGUAGCCCUAGUACGGCCGAUAGAACAUGAAGAGUCAUUCCUCAACAGGAAAUUUUAUCAUUCCUCGAAUGUAAUGAUAAUUUGUGACGCCAAUCUAAGCAUUCUGCAUGUAGAUGCGUCAUUUGGUGGCGCAUCUCAUGAUUCCUUUGUAUGGAAUAACAGUAUGGUCAAAACCAUAAUGGAAGGCUUGACGAAUGAGCGAUGCUGGUUAUUAGGUGAUUCUGGGUAUGCACAGCGUCCAUGGAUGAUGACACCCAUCUUGGACGCUGCUGCUGGAUCCCCAGAAGAACACUACACCAAACUUCAUUGUCGAGUCAGAAACAGUGUGGAGCGCUGUAUUGGUGUGUUGAAAGCACGUUGGCGGUGUUUAUUAAGCCACAGAGUGCUUCACUAUGAUCCAGUUGUUGCUGCGAAAGUAGUGAAUGCCUGUGUGUGCUUGCACAACAUUGCCAAUGUGCGCAACGUGCCAAUUCCUGAGGACGACAGUGGAGAGGGUGGUGAUAACCAGCAGCCGCAGCAAGCCCUUGAAACACCAGAUGCUGCGAAUGCAGAUUCUACGAGGGCAAUGCUCGUUAGAAGAUUAUGGGAUGCCAGGCCCUAGGUAGGUAUAGAGACGUCGAUUAUUUCAGGGAUGAAGAGCAGAGUAACCAACAAAGUUCAACAAGUGGUGAAGCAGAAGUGGUAAUGCUUUAAUUCUCGGUGUCUCUACAUGAUCAAAUCAGAAACAAGGAGAUCUGUUGAAGAAGCAGAGUAGACAAAUGGAAGAUGAAACAAAUUCUGCCAUAGAAGACAGUAGAAAUUAAUAAUUCUUAACUGUAAAUGAUGUCUACUAUUUAAAUUCAUUAUAUGGUACAUAAUAUACCGAAAGGAGAUUGGCUAAGUUGAAACCAGCUAUUUUAAAAACCAUACAGAUUCACAAAUCAUUUAAUUUUUACAAAUUUAUUCAAAGUAUUUUUCUGAGUAAACACACCAUAUUUUUAGAAAUUGGAAAUCUAUAGAACAACAUAAACAAACUUGAUAAGAUAUGUAGGUAGGUACUUCUUUUACAUUAAAAUAGUAAUUAAAUAAACCAAAUAAACUCUAACUUAACAAUAAAAGGAACUUUGUUUUCAUUACAAAUAUUCCUGUAAUAAUAAACCAAAUAAACUCUAACUUAACAAUAAAAGGAACUUUGUUUUCAUUACAAAUAUUCCUGUAAUAAUACCUAGUAAUAAUCACAACCAUUAUAGGAUAUGUAGGUACUUCUUUUACAUUAAAAUAUUAAUUAAAUAAACCAAAUAAACUCUAACUUAACAAUAAAAGGAACUUUGUUUUCAUUACAAAUAUUCCUGUAAUAAUAAACCAAAUAAACUCUAACUUAACAAUAAAAGGAACUUUGUUUUCAUUACAAAUAUCCCUGUAAUAAUACCUAGUAAUAAUCACAACCAUUAUAGGAUAUGUAGGUACUUCUUUUACAUUAAAAUAUUAAUUAAAUAAACUCUGACUUAACAAUAAAAGGAACUUUGUUUUUAUUACAAAUAUCCCUGUAAUAAUACCUAGUAAUAAUCACAAUCAUCAUAAGAUUACUUCUUUUACAUUAAAAUAAAUUAAGUAAACUCUAAUAUCUAUACUAAUAAAUAAAAUUGGAGUGUCUGUCUGUAAUUUCGAAAUAACUACCUCAUAUUAAGCUCAUAUGGUUAU